AUGAACGAGCUGAGAAAACGUGAGGAUCAGGUGGUCCAGAAUUGUGACGCGCUUGUAAACGUUGCUCUACGGUUUGUGGAUGCAAUUGGUAAACGGAAACGACUUGAAGAUUUUGAUGUGCGAACGAACGACGAUGAUUACUACCCACCCUCAGCGCCGCCACCAG